AUGGACAAUGUAAAUGAUGAAAUUAAAAAGAUAGUAAAUGAUAAUGAACGUUUGAUAAAUAAGUUAGUAGUACGUCAAAAACGUCGUUUGAAACAAUUAUCCUCAGUGAAAGAAUUUAAUUCCGAGAGAAAUAUUAGAAAUGAUUAUUGUCAACACUUUGUUGAUUCAGAGAAGCGUCCUCAAAAUUUCAUUAGGGACACUGAAUUAUCUCAAAGAUUUGAUGAAUAUCCAAAACUUAAAGAACUUACAAAAAUGAAGAAUGCUUUAGUUACAAAUAGGGCAACACCACCAACUUAUUUAAAAGCUGAUCUUAGAACUUUUGAUUUUAAAUCUCUUGGAACAAAGUUUGAUGUGAUUUUGAUUGAUCCCCCAUUAGAAGAAUAUUGUCGAAGAUCACCAUUGAUUGCUGGGAAUAAUCCAGAUUAUUUAACUUAUUAUGAACUUGCAAAUCUUAAAAUUGAAGAUGCAGCAGCAAAUCCAUCAUUUAUUUUUAUUUGGUCUGGUGAUUCAGAUGGACUUGAUCGUGGUCGGCAGCUGCUUCUUAAAUGGGGUUAUCGUAGAUGUGAAGAUAUUGUUUGGAUAAAAACAAAUAAAAAAUGUGAGCCUAGAUCAGUUUUCCAACACACUAAAGAACAUUGUAUAAUGGGUAUAAAAGGCACAGUACGAAGAAGUACUGAUGGUCAUUUUAUUCAUUGUAAUGUGGACACUGACGUAAUAAUCUCUGAAGAACCACCUUUUGGAAGUAGUGCUAAACCUGAAGAAUUAUAUCAUAUUAUUGAACAUUUCUGUUUAGGCCGUAGAAGACUUGAAUUAUUUGGUGAGGAUCAUAACAUACGACCAGGAUGGUUAACUAUAGGAUUGGGGUUAUCCAGUUCAAAUUUUGAUCCACAAACUUAUGCAUCAUAUUUUACAGAACCUGAUGGCUAUUUACUUGGAUCCACAACUGAAAUUGAAAAUCUUAGACCAAAAUCACCACCAAUUCGAGAUGCAUCAACACCAAAGCCUGCACUUCCAGGUACUGUUAUAAAACCCAAGCCUAAAAAGUCAAAUGCCGCCAAUAUUUUACCAGUUCUUCCUCAAAUGUCUCAACAACCUCCACCAUCAAUGCAACCUCCACCACAAAUUCUACCACCACCUUUUCCUCAUAG